GUGUGACUCCAGUGUCUUCUUAGCACAACUACUUUGCCUGUGCUAUCCGCUUCUUUGUUGUUGAGUUUUAUCAAUAUAAAGUGUCUUUCUCUACCUCAACUGCUGUAAUAUGGCGGGAAACUUCUGGCAAAGUUCACAUUAUCUUCAGUGGGUUCUGGACAAGCAGGACCUGAUGAAAGAGCGGCAGAAGGACCUGAAGUUCCUCUCAGAAGAGGAGUACUGGAAGCUGCAGAUUUUCUUUGCCAAUGUGAUCCAGGCUUUGGGGGAACACCUGAAGCUGCGGCAACAGGUCAUUGCCACUGCAACUGUUUACUUCAAACGCUUCUAUGCCAGGUAUUCCCUUAAAAGUAUUGAUCCAGUGCUCAUGGCUCCUACUUGUGUUUUCCUGGCUUCUAAAGUCGAGGAAUUUGGAGUUGUGUCCAAUACCAGGCUGAUAUCUGCAGCAACAUCUGUGUUGAAAACAAGAUUUUCCUAUGCCUUUCCAAAGGAGUUCCCUUACAGAAUGAAUCAUAUAUUAGAAUGCGAGUUCUACCUUCUGGAGUUGAUGGACUGCUGCCUGAUCGUGUACCACCCCUACAGACCACUGCUGCAGUACGUGCAGGACAUGGGACAGGAAGACAUGCUGCUGCCCCUGGCCUGGCGAAUAGUGAAUGACACAUACAGGACGGAUCUGUGUCUGCUCUACCCUCCCUUCAUGAUCGCCUUGGCCUGUCUGCAUGUGGCCUGUGUGGUGCAGCAGAAAGAUGCCAGGCAGUGGUUCGCAGAGCUCUCUGUUGACAUGGACAAAAUCCUGGAGAUCAUCCGUGUCAUUCUGAAGCUUUAUGACCAGUGGAAAAACUUUGACGACAGAAAGGAGAUCGCUGCGGUGAUAAACAAGAUGCCCAAGCCCAAACCUCCUCCCAACAGUGAGAGUGACCAGAGCUCCAAUGGGAACCAAGGCAACUCCUACAGCCAGUCCUAGCGCGGCGUCAUUACGUCGGUUGGAAUCCAUAAUGUUGACGGUAGAGAGAGGGGGUGGAUCUUUUUUUCAAAAUGUCUCACAGCACAAACUUUGUGAUGUUGUGGUGCUUCGACCAAGAAACUCUGAGAGCCACGUGCUCACGUUUCCCCUUCUCUGAGCGUAAUGGGUGUAUGGAUUGAGUGAGCAGACGCUGAAAUGCCUACAGCAAGCGGACAGUCUCGAGGAGACUUUGUACUCUGCUCCUGACUUGAAAUGCAUUCAAACUGAGGAACAUUUGGAGGUAAGGGGGGGAGGGAAUGUGGGGGAAACCUGCUUUAAUGUCAUUGUGAUGAUCCUGACAUCCUUGAACGAUUCCUCUCAUGGAGCUCUGUGAGAUUUGGAACACUCGGGGGGGGGGGGCUGUGUGUGUGUGUGUGUGUGUUGUGAUUGGGUUAACUGUGUUACUGCGAUCUCACUGGAUCCUGCAGCCCUGUGAGGUUGAUCAUGAACUAUAGCAGGAACAAUCCCAAGAGAGGUUUCUCUCAGUGGUAGUAAUACACUCUUUGAAUCAUGACAACUCCACCUCCUUCGUCCCAUUCCCCUUUCUCUUUUGUAAAUGUCCUUUAUAAUUCUAUUCAUUUAUUUUAGCUUAGGUUUUGGCUUCAUUACGGAAAAUAAAAUGGAAAUCAUGAGCUGGAUUAGCUUUGUGCUAGUGCUUGCUAUAAAAGUGCCCCUAUUUUUUUUCCACUGUCAUGAUUUUGUUGGUUUUCGACAUUGCUUAAUUUUAUUGUAAUUAUUUUCUUUUACUCUUCUUUAGCUGUAAAAUUAUAUUUCUGAAAACUUUUGUUUGUAAUUCGUGAAAUAAUUACCUGUUUUUUUGUUGGAUGCAAUCGUUCUAGAUUUGUCUUCAAGCUUUUGUUUGUACAUUAUUUUUAAAAUCUGCCAUCCAGUUCAAUAUUUGUGGCAUCUGCUAUGUGAAUAUACCUGUAGGUGUGUAUAUUUUUGUGAUAUAAUACAGUUUGUGUCGCUGUCCUCGGAACAAGGUGCUUGAAAGCCUUACGAAAUGAAAGCUGCUGGUAACUUAAGAAACCUUUAUACAAGCACAUUGUCCCUGGUAAAUGCAUUUUAGGGAUGGAUGUUUUUGCAAUAUGUGGUUGUAUCUUCAAAUCUUUCCUCAAUGGCUUCCUGUACACUUCAUUUUGUAACCAUUGGAAUAACAACUGAAAGGGUACCAAAACCUGUUAAAUGCCACUUUCUCAUACUGAGUAAAGGAGACGAAAAAGCCACUGGGGCAAGUUGGAUGCAGCUCCGCUUUGCCCUCUGGCAUUUUCCUCCCCUUCAGCAGGCUCCAUCUGUUACAUGACUGUUCACUGGGGAAUGAGUGCGAACAUGUAAAGGGCUUCACCAAACCUAAAUCAUCAUGUUAGUUCUGGUAAAAACAGUGCCCAAAAUUGUAUUACUUGAAAGUCUUUGUUUAUCAUUUUUUGAAGAUCAUUUAUGGUAAUAAAAAUGUAUGGUGUGCAAAACAAAGUAA